UUAUAAUAUCCAUCACGGUCAGAAACGCAGCACUGGAAAUGGACACCAUGAUUUUUCUCCUUGUCAUUUCAACAUUACCAAGCUUUGCUGUAGCUGAAGUUGUGUCUGUAGUUCUUUCUGUGGCUCCAUUCCACACUUCAGUGGAACAGCUGACGAGCAAUUCAAGGAUUUUUUCUGGGGAGGGUGUCCAACUAAGAUGCCGCAUUCCUGAGGGCCAGAAGUCCACCUGGCAUUACCUGUGGUUUCAUGGAGCCACACAGCUGCCCCUGUCCACAGAGAACUUUACUCUGUGGAAUGCCAAGGUCAAAGAGGGUGGGGAAUAUUCCUGUCAGGGCGAGAGGGACACCAUGGUGGGACCCAUACGUACACUUAAAAGUCAGCCUGUGGAGAUACAUGUUGAUGGGGGGUGGGCUAUCCUGCAGGUCACACCACAUCCUGUCCUUGUUGGAGAGACCUUGAAGAUGACGUGCCGUGUCCGUAGAAACCCUAAGCUUAGUGAGGUGAUUCUGUACAAAGACGGAGUUGAGUUUAGAAGACAAUCUGGUUUCAACCCACAUUUCAACCUGACUGUGAGACUGGAAGACCAAGGACUGUAUUCUUGCAGAGCCACCUGGACCAUGCAGAGACGCUCACACUCUGUGAUUUCAGUGGCCACUCAGGUGUAUGUUUUAGAGGUUCUGACGAAGCCAGUUUUAGAGAUUGUUUUGGAAGAUAACACUCCAACAGUUUCGAUGCGACUUGUCUGCCAUCUCCAGUACAACAGCCCUGCUCCUGCUCCUCCCAUAAGUUACUAUUUCUACAGGAAUGGCACCCAACUGAGCACAUCGUCCUCUGAGAACAAUAUCCUGGUCAACCAAAAGCCAGGCCAAUACAGCUGCAAGGCCAGGGUCCCUAAGUUGGACCUGUUGAGGUGGAGUGACCCCAAAACUUUGGAAAAGUGAUAGGUACUAUGUU